AUGGGCAAAAAGGGGGCCAAAAAGGAGGAGAAGCAGACGAGGUCCCAAUGGGAGGGGAAGCACCCUGAGCCGAAGUCGAGAGUCGAUGAGCGGAAGGUCGUGGCGACGGUAAAGCUACUUGGCAGCCCCGAAGUCUGCAACCUACUGGAGUUCAAGCUGGACUGCAGCCCGUCCACGAAGAUCUCCUUCAUAGUAGACCGGAUUGUCGACCGCCAUGGUGGGUCCAUCAGCGACCUGUCCGUGUGCGUCAACCGCUUUCACCCUGAGGAGAUCGUUGGCCGAGACAAGACGCUGGAACAGUGCGGCGUCUUUGGAGGUGAGUGCUUGAUCUACUAUGACUUCGUUCCCAGAGCCGGCGCGCUGCUUGCGUGA